UGUCAUUGGCCUGCUCCUUCAACACUGCUUGUACCCCGCGGCUGUUAUCCCGCUCUUUCUGAAAUCGCCGCCAUAUAUAGAUGAUCAUUUAUUCCCUUUUUAUAAAUAGGCCACCCUGGCCAAUACCGUAUCCUUCCCCAUUCUAUUUAAUCCCCCUGCACCCUGACACAUCUCCUUCUCAACCAUAGAACCACCUCCAUAACCCAACCCAACACCAUGAUCUCCAACGUCAACGAAUCCGACAACCUCGCGCGCAUGCAACGCGGCGAGCUCUACUACGCCUUCUCGCCAGACCUCGUCGCCGCACGCAAACGCUGCGCCCGCAUCGUCAACAAGCUCAACAACGCCUCGGACCCGACCCGUCGCGAAAUGGCCGAAUUCUGGCGCCAGAUCACCAACGACCCAGCACCGCUGCCCUCGCCCUUCUCACCCAACCCGUCCGACGAAGCCGAAGACGCCACCCUGCACGCCUACCCGUGGAUCGAGCGCCCCAUCGCCAUCGACUACGGCACCAACAUCAAAGUCGGCAGCAACGUGUUUAUUAACUUCAACUGCACGUUUCUGGACACGUGCCUGGUGACGAUCGGGUCGAGGGUACUGGUGGGCCCGAAUGUGUCGUUUUAUAGCGGUACGCAUCCGGUGGAUCCGUACGUGAGGAAUGGCACGAGUGGGCCGGAGUCGGGGCGGCCGAUUAGCAUCGGCGAUGAUUGUUGGAUUGCCGGGCAUGUGGUUAUUUUGCCGGGGGUGACGAUUGGGGAGGGGUGUACCGUGGGGGCGGGAAGUGUGGUUACGAAGGUGGGUAUUCUGAUUUUAUGUUGGAUUGAGACAGAUAGCUCACUUGUGGGACUAGGAUGUUCCGCCGUUUCAUGUUGUCGCGGGGAAUCCAGCGAGGAUUCUGCGCAAGAUUGAGCCGGGGCCUAGGCCGCAGGGUUUGGAGAGGCAGGAGGAGACCAAUGCGAAUGGAGCUAAUGAAUUGGAGACAGAGCCUUGAUCUGGGAGCAGUUAGAGAACUCUCUUAUGUAACAGAAUUGAGGUGAGGCUAUGGUAUAGAUCUAGUGAUAGACUUACGACUAUGUACAUGGCGACAAUUGAGAACAGACGAG